CGGGCCGCCGCCUCCCGCCUCGUCCCUCAGAGCGCGGCUGGGCCGACCCUCGCACGGGUACCGUGGCUCCUGCGGCCUCCUUCCUAACAAAAGGGCUUAGGGAAAUAAAGUCGCUUGGUUAAAAAGGUUGCGGAAAGCGAGGGCAGGCGGUCUCGGUUGUGAACGUUUUCUGAUUUUUCCAGAAAUCAAGCAGAAGAUUGAGCUGCUGAUGUCAGUUAACUCUGAGAAGUCGUCCUCUUCAGAAAGGCCAGAGCCUCAACAGAAAGCUCCCUCUGCACCUCCACCUCCACCCCCGCCCCCACCACCACCCCUGCCAGAGGCCACUCCACCAGAGCCAGAGGAGGAGAUCUUAGGGUCCGAUGAUGAGGAGCAAGAGGAUCCUGCAGAUUACUGUAAAGGAGGCUAUCACCCAGUGAAAAUUGGUGAUCUUUUCAAUGGCCGGUAUCACGUUAUCAGGAAGUUAGGAUGGGGACACUUCUCUACAGUUUGGCUAUGCUGGGAUAUGCAGGGAAAAAGGUUUGUUGCAAUGAAAGUUGUAAAAAGUGCUCAGCAUUAUACGGAGACAGCCUUGGAUGAAAUAAAGUUGCUCAAAUGUGUUCGUGAAAGUGACCCUAAUGAUCCCAACAAGGAUAUGGUUGUACAGCUAAUCGAUGACUUCAAAAUUUCUGGAAUGAAUGGAAUUCAUGUCUGUAUGGUUUUUGAAGUACUUGGACAUCAUCUCCUAAAAUGGAUCAUCAAGUCUAAUUAUCAAGGCCUUCCCAUCCAUUGUGUAAAAAGUAUAAUUCGACAGGUACUUCAAGGUCUGGAUUAUCUACACAGCAAGUGCAAGAUCAUUCAUACAGAUAUAAAACCAGAAAACAUUUUGAUGUGUGUGGAUGAUGCCUAUGUUCGUAGAAUGGCUGCUGAAGCUACCGAGUGGCAGAAAGCUGGUGCACCUCCUCCCUCUGGAUCAGCAGUGAGUACAGCUCCACAACAAAAGCCUGUUGGAAAAAUAUCCAAAAACAAAAAGAAAAAAAUGAAGAAAAAGCAGAAGAGACAAGCUGAGCUGUUAGAAAAACGCCUGCAGGAAAUAGAAGAACUGGAGCGAGAAGCUGAAAGGAAAAAAAUAGAAGAAAAUGUAACCUCAGCUGUACCAUCAAAUGAUCAAGAAGAGGAGUACCAUGCAGAGGUGAAACUAAAAUCAGCUGAUAUAGAAGAGGUAGUAGAUGAAGAACCUGGAAAUGAUGAUGGUGAAGCAGAAGAUCAGGAUGAAAAAGAAGACACAGAGAAAGAAAACACUGAAAAAGAUGACGAUGUUGAGCAGGAACUUGUCAACGCUCACCCUACAGACCCUAAGUGGAUAGAAUCCCCCAAAACAAAUGGCCAUAUUGUGAAUGGUCCAUUCCUAUUGGAGCAGCAAAUUGAAGAUGAAGAUGAGGAAGAAGAGGAGUGUCCAAAUCCAGAGGAGUAUAAUCUCGAUGAGCCAAAUGCAAAGAGUGAUUACUCUUAUAGCAGCUCCUAUGAACAGUUUAAUGGUGAAUUGCCAAAUGGACGUCAUAAAAUUCCUGAGUCACAGUUCUCUGAAUUUUCAGCUUCAGUGUUCUCUGGGGCUCUAGAGUCUGUAGCUUGUGGUUCUGCUGUUUCUGAAGAAUCAACUGUAAAUGAAAGAGAGGAGAGCAGCCCAUCUCACGACAGGAGCAGAACAGUUUCAGCUUCAAGCACUGGGGAUUUGCCAAAAACAAAGACUCGUGCUGCUGACCUACUGGUGAAUCCCCUGGACCCAAGAAAUGCAGAUAAAAUUAGAGUUAAAAUUGCUGACCUGGGGAAUGCUUGCUGGGUGCAUAAACACUUCACAGAAGACAUCCAGACAAGACAAUAUAGAUCCAUAGAGGUUUUAAUAGGAGCAGGUUACAGUACACCUGCUGAUAUCUGGAGUACAGCAUGUAUGGCUUUUGAGCUAGCAACUGGAGAUUAUUUGUUUGAACCACACUCCGGUGAAGACUAUUCCAGAGAUGAAGACCAUAUAGCACACAUCAUAGAGCUGCUAGGCAAUAUCCCAAGGCACUUUGCUCUAUCUGGAAAAUAUUCUCGGGAAUUCUUCAAUCGCAGAGACCACAUAGCAUUGAUCAUUGAACUGCUGGGAAAAAUCCCUCGAAAAUACGCUAUGUUGGGGAAAUAUUCCAAGGAGUUUUUCACCAAAAAAGGAGAGCUCCGACAUAUUACCAAGCUGAAACCUUGGAGUCUUUUUGAUGUGCUUGUGGAGAAGUAUGGUUGGCCUCAUGAAGAUGCUGCACAGUUUACAGAUUUCCUGAUCCCCAUGCUAGAAAUGGUCCCAGAGAAACGUGCUUCAGCUGGAGAAUGCCUCAGGCAUCCAUGGCUGAAUUCUUAGCAGAAUCUCCCAGCCGUACAAAAAAGCCAGCGACUACUUCCCAGUGCAUCGGACCUAAACGGUGACUGUCACAAAUUCUUUAGCAGGAUCACACGUGAGCUGGCUUCAAUCCUCUCAGACCUUUGUUUUGCUUGAGGUACUGUUUGACAUUUUGCUUUUUGUGCACUGUGUUCUUGGGGAAGGGUAGUCAUUCUUUUUGUCUUCAGCAAGUAGUUUACUCACCCACUUUCUUUACUGUGUCUUUUAAGCAUUGUUUCUUGUGUUGUGUGGCAUUCAGAUGUCAGAUUUUUGAACAAAGGAAACCUACCCCCCUGUGUUUUGGCAAGUUUUGUAACUAUUUAUGAGAAGAAAAAAAAAAUAAAAUAUUUUACCUGAUGCAUAUUAUAUAAUUUACAAGUGUAAGAAAUUUAUGGAGUCAGAACUGAGUUAUGGUGAGGAACUGUACCAUUUUUCUCUUCUGGCAAAGGGAUGUCACUCCUGUACUAUAGUGUAUGUAAAUGCACCUGUAAAUGUUUAUUGCCAUUUCAGUAUGGGACUGGGGACUCAAUUUCAGAGUAAAAGCGACUUAAGUUUUAGAGAGCUUUAUAGCAAAUCAAUUGCAUGUAGUGGACUUAAAACUGCUUUAAGGAAUUGUGUAAACUUUCUACUCUGCAGCAGUUCCCGUUCAUUGGAUUUUAAACACAGUGGCUCUGGUUUACAGGACUUCAUUCCCCCAAACGGCACUUUAAAGGAAGGCUAGACUUCUUUCUAAUAAAGUAUGCAUUAACGUUAGCAUUCCCUUUCAGAACUUUUGCCUAUUUUAAGUGCUUUUAAGAAAAGAAAAAAAUAGCAAUUUCCCUUACGACGUGAUAGUGGAGACAUGGUACCAUAUGGUGUUGCCUUUUUAUAAGCACUCUAAGUUGUACUAUACAAUAAGAGAAAAAAAAAAGUUGAGCAUGAGAACCACCCUCUGUAGAAUUG